AUGGGAGGUCAAGGUCGAGGCAAACCGAGACCUACAAAUCGAGGCGGAAGCCUAAAGGUGCCCGAGCCAAAAAAGACUGCAAAGGCCUCUUCUGGCCAAAUCCUUUCGCCAGAAGAGGUGCGGUCAGACUUCGACGGGUGUCAUGUGCGGGCGGAUGUGAUGUUGGAAAGGAUGAGAUUGGAAGAUGGUUUGAUGGAUUUUAUUCAAACGAUGCCGUUGUUCUUGCUUUGCCUUCUUUGCUUCUUGGUGGCUAUCAGUAUUUUAAGUCCUGCUGAAGAGACCUCCGCCAUUCAUCAACAUUUGGAAGCUCACUUUCAGCUCGAAGACGUUGCUGCGGUGAAAGAUGUUGCUGGGAUCUAUGACUUCGUAAAGACCUUUGAGAUAAAGAACUUGGACAUGAGGCCGACUUCUACGCGCUAUUGGUGUGAACAUCGCUACUUUCAGUACCUUUGGGAUGAUCAUUAUGCGAUCCCGCGAACGGCUUGCAGCAGUCCAAGGUACACCUCAUUGGGUUUGCAGAGUGCUCCUGCGUGGAGCAACGACAGCACAACAUCAGGUCAUAGACGACUCGGAGGAGGUGCAUCAAGUGAGGCGACACACCAAAGCCCACCAUGCGAGGACAACGAUACAGCUUACCAACUAGAGGAAGACAAGAAUGUGACAUGCCAUGAAGAUGCUAGCCAUGCAUGUCAGAUUGACUUGGGAAUUCUUCUUUGUCCAAGAACUUGUGGCUACUGUGCCCCCUUUGAAUACGAGAAGAUGAAAAGAUUUGGCAAGCCACAAGUAUCGCUGCUUCCAUCUGUUGUGUAUCAGAGCCGUUUGCGUGAGACAGAAUGUCAUGGCUAUGCAGCGCUUACGCAGGAGCAAAACUAUAAUCCACUCUUGUCGCUGUUACCAGCCAUGGAUGGGAAGAAGCGAGGUCAGAUUUUGACUUGUGUGGACCGUUCUCAAAAACAGUCCUCAGAAUAUGCCCUGUACAUGGACUGUCCAGAGCACACCCCAAGCCAUCGAUGUGUUGAUGGAAAAGUUGGCAUUGGAUUGAAGCAAAACUUUCAUGGAGAACCAGUCUAUGCAGAGAUGCUGAUAGAAAGUGACAAGGCUUUAACAUCAAUGCAGAAAGCUGGUUGGAUUGACAUCCAAACUGAUACCGUCUCCGUAAGCACUAUGGUUUACACAGAGGGUGUGGAAAUGUUUACUUCACUGACGGUUGAGUUCACCUUUGACUACGCCGGAAACGUGGAGGGGGCUGUGCACAUGGUGACAUAUCGAGACCUCAUUCGUACAGCUGCCUCCAACUUUGCAGGGUGCUUGGCAACCACAUGUGUGGGUGCUUUCAUCGCCCUCGUGUCUUUAGUCACAUAUUUGUGCUGCCACCCAGACCAGUACAACUUGGGACUGAUGCUGUAUGCAAUCAUCUCUCGCUUGGUUCUGCUGAUUUAUCCACUUAUUCUGCUGAUCUCUUGGAGUCACCAAGCUCCAAUGUCACACGAAUAUGAUCUGCUUGUGGGGACAUUCCUGGCAAAUGAGGGCAUGGACCAAGAGCAUGUGCAGCACAGUUUAGCGGAGUACUUCAAGGUGAAAGGCGUGAUCUAUGAGGAAGCUGCCUGGCUUGAACGACAUCGCAUCGCUUCAUAUGUGGUUCUCUAUGUGCAAUUCCUCCAGAUGGUCUUAGCAUUCAAUGUCCAUCCCAGGGUGGCGAUGUUGACUUCCACUGUGCAGAGGGCUUUGCACAACAUGAUGCAUUUCUUUUUCAUUUUUGCAAUUCUCUUUUUGAUGCUGGCCUUCAUGGCGAACUUCUUGCUGGGAGGUCGGAUCCAUCUUUUUGGUACGUUUGGGAGUGCUUGCUCUGCUCAGAUUCGCAUGCUUUUCGGUGAGUUCAUCUACGCAGAAGGAGUGGAGAUGCUCUCAGGGACUUCACUAGCAAUGUAUUGGCUUUAUGCUAUAUCUUUUAUGCUCAUUGUGUUCUUCACGUUGCUGAAUUUCUUUUUGGCAAUUAUCGUGGAUGCUUUUGUGGAAGUGAAAGAGGCAUGCGGGCAGCUGCAGUGUACAAAGAGUUUUUUCAGCGAUCUUUGCUCCAUGACUUUGAGUCUACAUCUUCAAAGGAAACACAGGCUGCCUCCAAGGAAGAAGGUUAUCAAGUACCUCACCGAUUCCUUGGAGACAUACAAUCUACAGAAAGGAGAGGAGAAAGCGCAAAAUGCCAAGUGUCCACUAGUUCCGGCACGAGACUUUGCCAGAGAUUUUGGAUUGACAGAGGAGGCUGUCUCCCAUUGGUUGUGUCGCGUGGAAAGCUUCAGUUCCAUGCAGGUGAUCCAUUUUCAGGAGUUCUUUUCCCAGGAGACUGAGACCAAAGAAAUUGAGGAGAAAGAGCCAGAGAUGGAGGAGAGUACAGGAGUUUUCAAUGAGAAGUUUGAUGCAGUUAGCAUUAAUCCUGACGAGAUUGUUGCCCCGGCUGAGCCGGUCAAGGUUACACAUAUUUGA